CUUGCUGUGUGACCUGUGGUGGGCCCUUCAUGGGCGUCGUGGGCCUACCUCUGUCGCUGAGGGUUCCUUUGCAACAGGAUAUAUGUCGUUCUAGCGCUGCGAAUACGACUCCAUUUCGCAAGACUGGACCAGGUCUGAAGAGACCACAUGCUUCUCCGCGCAUAUCUUGUGCUGCUGGAUCAGGAGGAGGGGUUUUGGAUAGGCCCACAACGAUUGGAUUGCCGGGAUUUGAUUUAGGGAAAGCAACCACCAGGCAGCGACCUCGAUUUUACCGAGUCAUGCUGCACAAUGACGACUUCAACAGGCGAGAGUACGUGGUGAAAGUCUUGUUGAAGGUCCUCGACAAUUUCACGAUGGAGGAUGCCAUCAAUUGCAUGCAGGAAGCGCACACAAAUGGUGUUGCUUGUCUUGUAUCAUGCCCACAGGAGGAUGCUGAGAAAUACUGCGAAGGCCUCCGGACCAAUGGGCUCAUCAGCACCAUUGAGCCUGCAGGAAACUCUGGGGGAGGUUCUGGAGGAGAUGGGCCGGAUGCUUCUUAAAUUCUCAGCUUCUGCUGCGGUCUGUGAGCAUAGCUGUGCGCAGCUCUGUAAGCAGGCUGCAGCUGCGUUGUGUGUGCUGUAUUUAUGCCCCCAAGGAGCGCUCUUGGUGAGGGUCUCAGACGGUGACUAAGUCAGUGAGGGUCAUGCCACCACAGUGCAAUUUGCCAGACGGUGCUCAACAAAACAUGUGAGAGUGUACAAUCAGAGUCCUUGGGAAGAACACCGUGGUUGAAGACUUUGCAAUUAUUUCUCGAGUCUGUCUGGAGAAGUAGUUCGGCCUCGAUCUCUCAGCGAUUUAUCGACUAGCUGAGCCCUCACUCCAGCAAGACCUUCUGUACAAUAGCGGAUGUACUCCUACUCUGGUGCUCCAACUUGGGUUGCAAUAUCGGGCUUGUUUGCUUGGACUUGUUAGCUUUAUCCAAGUGGAGACCCUGGUCUGAUCCAGACCGGAUCCAAGAACUAUACUUGAAGCACAAUCACUGAUUGACAUGGCAUGCAAAUAUUAUUAGCGUACUACAUAGAAUGCAGAGAGCGUGUAAUAACUUUUCUU